AUGGACCAUUAUCCCUCCCCAGCGACGCUUCCCCCUCAAUCGCCCACGGCCGGGCCACAGACACCUAACACGCUCUUCCGGCCCCGCCGAUCCGAUGACUGGCUCGAAUACCGCGAAACCAUCGAACAGCUCUACCGCAGUGAUCAGCUUAAAUUACGGGAUGUGAAACGCAUCAUGGAGAGGGAAUAUAAAUUUGUCGCCUCAGAAAAACAAUACAAAGAUCGACUCGCUGCCUGGAACGUCCGAAAGAAUAUUAAAGCAGCCGAAGUACAAGUCAUGAUUCGCAAAAAGCAAAAGCGCGCCGCCCGUGGCAAACAAACCGCCUUUCGAAGAGCUGGGCAGGAUGUCGACCCUAAGAAAUUUACUCGUUUCGUUCGUCGCUAUGGAACGCAGUGGGUGAAGAAUCGGGAUAAAGAUGCCGAACUACAGAGUCCUGAACCGAAAACCCCGUCCGAUAUGUCUUGUUAUACCCCCGAACGAGAGGAAGAAUCCUCGACUCCAAUCUCACCACCAGACGUGCAAUCCCCCACCAGGGAAACCCCUCCUUACCCAUUAAACUACGAUCCAAACAAUUUGGCAACAAUGCCUGACCUAGUCAUUGCCGGCGAUGACGACUCUUACGCACUGAACAUGCAUCACUCGCAUUCGCACUCCCACUCUCAGCAUUCACACUCACAUUCCAACCCCCCUCGCCGCCCAUAUCACCCGUCAGAACUGGCCCGUCCACAGACCCACCACCCAUCCGUCCAUUCAAUGCUCCACCCACCAACGGGACACACUUUGAACCCUAUUCAUCCCGCCCACACGCCUGUAACAGCUAUUCCACCAAUAUCCAUUCCGGCCUCGACUUCAUCGUCUGUUCCUAUUCCUGUUUCUGCGCCCGCACCUCCCGUCACCCUCCCUGCUCAACCACAGCUCUCACAUCGGGAUGAUAUUGAUGCCCCGGGUGAGGUUGUUUCUAAUUUCCAGGGCUGGACUCCGUUGGAUAUCUUCCAAAAUCGUUUGGAGGGCCUGCAGUACGAGUUGGAUCGCUCUAUGUCUAAGUGGUCGAGGGAGCAGGAUCCUAAUCAGGAGCUCUCUGGUCAUCAUGAGGGUCUUGGACAAUAA